AUGUCCAACAACGUAGUUGGAGGCGUGUACCAGAGUAUCAUCGAGGAGGUGAUGACCACGUCGCAUGUAGACUUCGAGGAAAACGGCGUGGAGGAGAGCGUUUUGGAAGACCUAUGCAAGGGCUGGAAGAACAAGCUGUCCCAGUUCAAUGUGGCCCAGUUUCCAUGGGAUCCCAAGCCAGACCAAGAACAGCUUCACAAUGUCGGCCAAGGAUCAGCACCAACCAACUCGAACGGUCCUUUGGGAGUCGUGCCUUCGCCGACGACGACCCAUCAUAUGGACACUAGCUUCUCGCAAACCAUAACAAGCCCCGUGUCUAGCUCUCAGGGACUUUCGAUGUCCCUGCCCAUGCCGUCUUUCGAACCCGCCGUCGCUAAGGCAGAGGACAUGGAUCACGGCAUCAAGAUGGAGCCGGAAAUGCACCAUGGUUCCGGUCUCUCCGGCGUGCCACCGGCAGCACAUGGACAAGGUCCUGCCAUGCAGAAUUACACCACACCACAGCAUGGCGGAGGCAACGCAGCAGCACGGGCCGUACAGCAGCUGCAAAACACGUUUGGACAGCGCGCAGCCGCGUCAAUCAACGCGAUCCAUUCGGGCAUGAGCCAGAGCAACCCGCAGCAGCAGAUGGGUCAGCGGCUGGGGCCAAACGGACAGGUGCAGCAGCAGCCACUAAAUGCGCAGCAAUACCGUGCUCAGCUGGCCGCCCAUCAGGCAGCGGCACAGAUGAACGGCGCAAACGGCAUCUCCAGGUCGCAGAUGGAUGGCGCAGAUGACGGAGACAAUGGCGGCGAGGCCCCAUUUUUUGAAGGCGUGCUCAUGCAACAGCGGGUCGCCGGCCAACCCCCGGUCGAGCUUGGUCGCAUAGAGAUUGACAACAUGCUCCACGAACAGAUGGCCCUGCGAGCGAAGCAGAUGGAAGGUGGCGGCCUGAUGCUUCCGCUACGGCAGGCAGCCAAGCAGAAGCGCAGUGCGAAAGCCUCGGCUGCCGCUCCAAGCCAGCGGAGCCGUGUGGCUGGCACGAUAGCGCAAACAGAUGGUGCCGACGACGACGACGAUGAAGCCAAGGUCGUUGAUGACGAGGACGCCAUCAACUCGGACCUCGAUGACCCUGAUGAAGACAGAGAAGACGACGACGAUGAAGAUGAUGUCAUGGGGCCUAUCAUGCUAUGUGUAUACGACAAAGUUCAAAGGGUCAAGAACAAGUGGAAGUGUACUCUCAAGGAUGGAGUACUCACUGUUAAUGGCAAGGAGUACGUAUUUCAUAAGGCAACAGGCGAGUACGAAUGGUGA